GCUUCUUCAGUCCGGGUCGAGCGUUUGUGGAGAGAAGUUCAGAACUUCAGCUGCUGUGGACGGACAGACUGACCUGAGUGACCGAACCCAGUCCGCACGCGACGCAGAGCCGGCAGCACGGUCUGAGAGAAGAGCGCGAGCCUUUGCGCUGAGGAGUUUUAGUCUGAGAGUGUGUGUGUGUGUGUGUGUGUGUGUGUGUGUGUGUGUGUGUGUGUGUGUGUGUGGGCGGACAGGCUGCCUGUGAUUUUGGAGAAUCCUCCAAUGUGAGAAAAGGAGGAUGAAGGUAGAGUUCGCUCCAUUGAAUAUUCCUCUGCGGCGGCGGCUGCAGACGGCUGCUGUGGUGCAGUGGGUCUUCUCCUUCCUCGCGCUCGCUCAGUUCUGUCUGGCUGCGUUCGUGCUGCUCUGCGUCAGUGAUUGGUGGAUUUUGGCGGCGCUGUAUGCUGGUUGGCUGUAUCUGGACAGGGACACGCCCACGUCUGGAGGUCGGAGGUCACACUGGGUCAGAAGCUGGACCGUGUGGAGAUACUUCAGGGACUAUUUCCCCAUUUCUCUGGUGAAGACGGUGGAUCUGGAUCCGAGUCAUAACUACCUGUUUGGGUUCCACCCUCACGGUGUGCUGGUUGCUGGUGGAUUUGGGAACUUCUGUACGGAAGCAUCAGGGUUUUCCAAGCUCUUUCCUGGACUGACUCCCUAUCUGCUGAUGCUGCCCUUCUGGUUCAGAGUGCCUUUCUUCAGGGAAUACAUCAUGUGUGGAGGUUUGGUGUCGAGUGAGAAGGCGAGCGCGAGUUACCUGCUGAGUCAGCCGGGGGGUGGGAACGCGGCCGUGGUGGCGGUGGGCGGAGCUCCGGAGUCUCUGGAGGCGCGGCCUGGAGCUCUGACUCUCCAGGUGCUGCAGAGGAAAGGCUUCAUCAAACUGGCCCUGAAACACGGAGCCUGGUUGGUUCCUGUGUUCUCCUUUGGAGAGAAUGAGCUGUUUGAUCAGAUGCAGAACCCUAUAGGCUCCACCCUCCGCCAGGUUCAGGAACGCCUCCAGAGGAUUAUAGGCGUGGCUUUGCCUCUCUUUCAUGCCAGAGGGGUUUUCCAAUACAACUUCGGCCUUUUACCCUACAGAAAACCCAUACAUACCAUCGUCGGACGGCCGAUUCCCGUGGUUCAGAAUCCUUCCCCCACUAAAGAGGAUAUUGAGGCUCUGCACGCGCUGUACAUACAGGGUUUAACUGAACUGUUUGAGGAGAAUAAGGACAAAUACGGCAUCGGAGAAGAUAAACAUCUCACCUUCACCUGAGAAAAAGGACUUCAUCUUCAUUUCUCUGUUUGUUUUGGGCACUUUGUUCGAAUCCGAUCAGUCCCUGACUCUGUAUCCUCUCUGUGUCGACUACAGGAGCCUGUUCACUCAGCUAGGAGAUGAACAUCACCUGUUUGCUCAGAAAGGAAAUAAUUCUUUUGUGAUGAAUCAAAAUGUAGAUAAAAUAAGUCAUUAUUUAUCAUCAAUAAAUCGAAAAUGUCAUCCACAGCUGCUAGAUACAAAAAAAACAGGUGACUUUUUUUCCUCCUACUGCUGAGAUGAACAGUGUAAGAGUGUAAAUACGUCCAGGAAUCGUUUAAAUGAAUCAGGUUUUAUUACAUUUGGGAAGAGUUUCUGCUUUUUAGGAAUUCUGAAUCACAAGUCACUUUGCUGAUGUUCACUCAGAGUCAUUAUGAGUCACUGAAUCAUAAGGCAAUUUUGAAUCAGGAGUCAUUUUGCUGAUGUUGACUCAGAGUCAUGAGUCAAUGAAUCAUAAAGCAAUUCUGAAUCAGGAGUCAUUUUGCUGAUGUUUACCCAUGAUUAUUAUGAAUCACUGAAUCAGAAUUUAAUUCUGAAUCAGGAGUCACUUUGUUGAUGUUCACUCAGAAUCAUUAUGAGUCACUGAAUCAUAAAGCAAUUCUGAAUCAGGAGUCAUUUUGCUGAUGUUUACUCAUGAUUAUUUUGAAUCACUGAAUCAGAAUUUAAUUCUGAAUCAGCAAUCGUUUUGCCAAUGUUCACUCUGAAUCAUUAUGAGUCAUUGAAUCAGGAGUCAUUUUGCUGAUGUUAUCUCAUAAUUAUUAUGAAUCACUGAAUCAAUAAUUCUGAUUCAAGUGCCUUUUGCACUUGCCUGAAUCAUUAUAUAUCACUGAAAUCAUUAAGCUCUUCUGAGUCAGGAAUCAUUUGCUAACGUUCACGCAUCCAAAUCAUUACAAAUCGAUCAUAAAGCUAUUCUGAAUUAGGAAUCAUUUUACUGAUGUUUACUCAGAAUCAUCAUGAGUCAUUGAAUCAUAAAGCUGAUCUGAAUCAGGACUCAUUUUGCUAAUGUUCACUCAUCCAAAUCAUUACAAAUCAAUCAUAAAGCUAUUCAGAAUGAGGAGUCAUUCUGCUGAUAUUCACUUUAAUGUCUCAAUGAUUAUGAAUUAUUGAAUCAAUUAAAGUAAUUCUGAAUCAAAUGAAGAUUCACAAGGUAAAGAGUAUUGCUGCUUAAUACCAGUACGGAAAUAUUUACAACUGCCAAAAAAUACAGAAGUGUGUCUGUCUUUCUGUGUGUGUGUGAGUGUGUGUUUGUGUGUGUGUGUGUGUGUAUAUGUGUAGUGUGUGUGUGAGAGAGUGUGUGUGUAUGUGUAGU